AUGCCACAGAAGCGAUAUAGAGUUAUCAAAAAUAGUGAGGUAUCAAAACCUUUGCAAGCUCGAGCUGUUAACGUUAAAGUUCCGACUGUUGAAUCCAUAUUGAAAUCGUCAAAGCCUAGUUAUUCUCAAACAAGUAGGUCUAAUGGAUCACCGCCAAGAAAGCAAAGCAAAAGAGUAAAGAAACACGAUCUUAAGGCAAAGAAUAGACGGUCGUCGACUAUAUUCAGCUCGGAUGACGUUGAGUUGAAACUGGUAUCGCAAAAUUGUUUUAGAAAUACGAGCGUAUCAAAGAGGAACCCUGAGCGGCUAACGGAAAAUGAAGAAGAAAACUCGCUGAAAAUAGAAGAUUUUGAUCAGCCUCCACAAUCGACCUCAACUCCCAUAUUGGGAAGCAGCUCUUACAACAGCUUCCAGGAUCUAACGUCCCCUCAUGCACCAAAUGCACCAUAUCAGAUGUCACCUCUCCUUUAUUCCUGUAAUCCGGUCGUGCAUCAAUACCCAUACUGUUACCCACAACCGUAUGUCUAUUCCCAAGCGAUGUUUACCAACGAUUCUCCUCUCCAAAAAAAGGCGUAUCAAGACCAUUACAAGUUAUCUCGCAAUUAUGUCCAUCCCACUGCUGGGUUCCCUCAGUAUAGGACGCAAGAAAACAAGGAUGUGCAUCCUCAAAUUCAGAUGAGCUACCCUCUAAUGAGUGGUUACGAUAAUGCAAGAGUUCAAUAUACCACCACUGAGCCAAUUUUCUUACCAAUGAUAGAACCCAACCCGAGAAAUCUAGUUGGACGUGAUUUUUCAGAUUCAGAACUGCAACGUCAUGCUUCGCAAGUAAACUAUUUAAAUGCAAAGAGACAUGUCAGUAGUGGAAACUCAAGUUACAAAUCUAGUGGUGGAGAUGCAACAUAUCAAGGUAGUGCAAAGUCCUAG